AUGGCAUCUGUGAUUAUACCACCGAUGCCACCUUCGGCCCGUGAUGACGCUCUCCAUCUUUACCGUGCCUUCAAAGGAUUUGGAUGCGACACGGCAGCAGUGAUCAAUAUUCUAGGGCACAGAAAUGCAACACAGCGUGCUGCCAUCCAAAAAGAAUACCACGCCACCUACUCCGAAGACCUCAACAAGCGUUUGUCCUCCGAGCUUAGUGGACAACUCAAGAGAGCAGUGAUAAUGUGGAUGCCUGAUCCGGCAACAAGGGACGCCAACAUCGUACGGCAUGCUUUGGAGGGAGAUGUUGAUCUCAAAGCUUCCACUGAAAUCAUAUGUUCUCGAACUCCCUCCCAGAUGCGACAAUUCAAACAAAUCUAUUUCUCCAGCUUUGACGUCGACCUUGAGGAUGACCUUGCUACUAAAUUAUCCUCUGGAGAUCACAAAAAGUUGCUGGUAGCAUACAUUAGUGUGCCACGGUACGAAGGUCCAGAAUAUGAUCAAGCGAUGGUGCAGAAGGAUGCAGAAGCUCUCUAUAAGGCUGGGGAGAAGAAAUUGGGGACGGAUGAGAAGGUUUUCAUCCAAAUUUUCAGUGAAAGAAGCAGGGCACAUUUGGUUGCUGUUGGCUCUGCUUACCAAAGUUUGUAUGGUCAUUCAUUGGAAAAGGCAGUAACCAAGGAAACAUCUGGGUAUUUUUUUCUUGCACUUUCGACAAUUUUGCAGUGUGCUGACCAACCUGGCAAGUAUUUUGCAAGGGUUUUACACAAGGCAAUGAAGGGUUUGGGUACGGAUGACCCAACACUGAUAAGGGUAAUUGUGACAAGGGCUGAGAUUGAUAUGCUGUACAUAAAGGCAGAAUAUCGGAAUCAAUACGGAAAAUCAUUGCAUGAUGCAGUUCAAUCAGAUACCUCUGGACAUUACAAGGCCUUUCUUCUCUCUCUUUUAGGCACCAACCCUUAGCCAAAAUCAUUCUGCCAAGUAUCAGACUUCAAAUUCUCUCUUUUACGCAAUCUAAGAGGCUUGAAAUUAAUUAGACAAAGUUUGAUCGGUGGAUGUUAAACAAGGUCAAA